UCCCCCUCUCUCUUUAUCUCUCUCAUUAACGACAAUGUCAUGUAGAUGUGCCCUGAUCUUCGUCGUUUUCUAGGUUUUUAAUGCGAUUUGAUCAUCCGGGUUUGGAUCGGAUUUUGCUAUCGAGCUUCGAGGAAGAAGAAAUCGGCGAUUUUUCUAGGGAUUUGAGAGAUGGGUAUAAUCAGCACGAUGUUGGGCGCGUUUGGUUUCUGCGUGGGUACGACGAUUGGGAUCGUGAUUGGCUACUACUUUUUCAUCUAUUCCCAACCUACUGAUGUCGAGGAUCCAGAAAUCAGACCUUUAGUGGAGUUAGAGGCAGAGAGCCUGGGGAGAAUGUUUCCUGAAAUACCGCUGUGGGUGAAAAAUCCGGAUUUCGAUCGUAUUGAUUGGCUUAACAAGCUCAUUGAGAAUAUGUGGCCUUAUCUAAACAAGGCGAUAUGUAAGAUGGUGAUGGCAAUGGCGAAGCCUAUGAUUGAUGAGCAAACUCCACAGUACAGAAUAGACUCUGUAGAGUUUGAGAAGCUCACCUUGGGUUCACUACCUCCUACUUUCCAAGGAAUUAAGGUUUACUCAACUGAUGACAAAGAACUGAUCAUGGAGUUGUCAAUGAAGUGGGCAGGGAACCCUAAUGUUCUUGUUGCAGCUAAAGCCUUUGGGCUCAAAGCCACUGUUCAGGUGGUAGAUUUGCAAGUUUUUGCCACUCCAAGGAUCACUCUGAAGCCAUUGGUCCCAUCUUUCCCGUGUUUCGCCAAUAUAGCCGUGUCCCUCAUGUCUAAGCCACAUGUUGAUUUCGGACUGAAGUUACUGGGCAUAGAUGUCAUGGCCAUUCCUGGCUUAUAUGGUUUUGUGCAGGAACUGAUUAAAGACCAGGUUGCAAACAUGUACCUGUGGCCAAAGACCUUGAAUGUGCAGAUAAUGGAUCCUUCUAAAGCCAUGAUGAAACCGGUUGGGAUACUCGAUGUGAAGGUUAUAAAGGCGAUUAAACUCAAGAAGAAGGAUCUUAUUGGAGGUUCAGACCCUUAUGUGAAGCUAACCUUAACCGGGGACAAGGUUCCAGGCAAGAAAACGGUCGUGAAACACAGUAACCUGAACCCUGAAUGGAACGAGGAGUUCAACAUGGUCGUGAAAGAUCCAGACAGCCAAGAGUUGCAGCUGAUUGUCUAUGACUGGGAACAGGUUGGGAAACAUGAUAAGAUAGGAAUGAACGUGAUCCCUUUAAAAGACCUUAAGCCUGAGGAGCCGAAAGUUAUGACCCUUGAACUGUUGAAAUCAAUGGACCCGAAAGAACCCCCGAGUGAGAAAUCACGUGGGCAGCUCGUGGUGGAGGUGGAGUACAAACCCUUCAAGGAGGAUGCUGUUCCAGACAACCUGGACGAUCCAAGUGCAGUAGAGAAGGCACCUGACGGAACACCUUCCGGCGGUGGAUUGCUCGUGGUUAUCGUACAUGAAGCUGAGGAAGUAGAAGGGAAAUAUCACACGAAUCCUUACGUCCGGCUGCUGUUCAGAGGAGAGGAGAGAAAAACCAGGCGUGUAAAGAAAAACCGAGAUCCGAGGUGGGACGAAGACUUCCAGUUCACGUUGGACGAGCCGCCGACGAACGAUAAGCUUCACGUCGAAGUCAUAAGCACUUCUUCACGGAUGGGAUUGAUUCGUCCAAAGGAAACUCUUGGUUACGUGGUGAUUAACCUUGCUGACGUUGUGACCAACCGAAGGAUCAACGAGAAGUAUCAUCUAAUCGAUUCCAAGAAUGGCCGAAUUCAGAUCGAGCUUCAAUGGCGGACCUCUUCUUGAUCACAAUAUGGUUUCUUCUUCUUCUUCUUCUUUAGAGUUCACAAUAAACACCGUUUUGGCAAAUCUUAUUCCAAAUGAAAUUUCUGUCUAUGGAACAUUCGGGGGUAUUCAUCAUAAUGGGCCAUAGCAAUGGGCCUCGACAAUAAUGGGCCUUGUAAUGGGCCUUUAGUGAACACAAGUAUUAUGGGUCAAUUGUACAAACUUAGGAUUGUCGUCAAUGAUAAUAUAUAAUUUAUUCU